CGACGAAAAUAAACUCAUCUGAAAUUCUAUGAAAAUAUGAUAAUUGACGUCGACCUUUUCUAAAAGCUUGUCAAACAAUGAAAAUAAUUCGAUAAAUAAUAACCAUUUUAAAGCCUGUCUACGGCGAACACUUGUUUUUCUUUCUAGAGCACACUUUUUAUAGAGGAUAUUAGAGAAAAAUGACGAUAAUUCCCUAUGGUGUCAAUCUUUAUUUUUAGAUGUAGAACCCCUUGAAAUUUAAUUUAAGAAAGAAAAAAGUUGAUUGAAUUCGAUUAAAAUCGAUUUGUUAAAAAAGUUUUUCUUUUGAAUGAAAAUUUUCAAUAAAUAAGAUUAUCUUCUGAUAUUGAAUUCGUUUAAUUGAUUUUAUCAAUAUUCAAUGAAUAUUUUUUUUUCUCAAAAAUUUUCAAAAUCAAAUUAACAAAAAAAACGAAGGAAAAUAUCUGGUCGAAGAUUUUUAUUUUUAUUCAAACAAAUAUUAUUAUAGAAUAAACCAAAGACAUUUUAUUUGUCUUAGUUAACUAAUUAAAAUAAAUCUUUAUUAAUAUAAUAUCAAUUUUAUUCUUGAAAUAUUUCGUUUAAAAAAAAAACAUUUUUUUUUCUAAAAAGUUGAAUAGAAUUUUAGAAAGCAAAAUUUUUUUCAUUUAUCAUUUGAAUUAACUUUCAUAAUGAAAAUAAAUCAUAGGAGUUAAUACGAUAAAAAGAAAAAAAACAGACGAUGUUGUUGUUUAGAAUAAAUUGACAAUAAAUCGAAGUAAAUCAGAUGGAAUUGUUGAAAAUAAUGAUAAAAAACAUAUUAAAUUAAGUCUAUAUACAAUGUUUUAUCGGAAAUUGUAUGAAUAUGUCUUAUCUCAUCUUGAUCUUAUUUGUUAUCGUUUAUAUGGAUCUCAAUCAAAUAAAUUUGAAAAAAUCAUUUGGAAUUUAUUUGAAAAUUAUACUCAAUUAUUAUUUCGUUCACGAUUAAUUCAAUUAUAUAAAUCCGAAUGCCUAGUUCGAAAUUAAAAACAGUUCGAAGUGUUUUUAUUCGUUCAAUUAACAAAUAUGAUUUUGUUGAAAAUGAGAUUUAUAUUCAAUUAAAGAUAUUUAUUCUUUUUUUUUCUUCAAGAUAAAAAUUCAUGUUUAACACCAUCAAAGAAUAUAUAAUUGGUGAUAUAACUAGUUUUUAUAAAGAAAUAUUUCUAAACAUUCUGAAUCUAGAUAAAAAUUUAAAAGAAAAUCAAUUAAUUGAUCUUCCUUAUAGUAAUAAAACAUUUGAAAAUACUAAAUCAGGAUAUGUUAACGUAAAUAUAUCUUCAAUUAAUUAUUCAUCAAAUAAAAUUCAAACAAAUCCAACAUCGAAUGUUUUAUCAUCAUCGAUUCAAGUAGGUGCAAAUGAUACAGUACGAACGGUUCGAACUCGAACUGAAGAUGGUAAACUUUUAACAACAAUUUCAACAAUAUCAAAAAUAAAUAAUUCGAAUGAUAAUCAAGAUAAUAUUCUUAUUAACAGAAAUGAAAAAAAUCUUUUUUUGGUCAAUCAACAAAUAAUUCUAUUAAACGAACAUUUUCCGAUGAUUCAAAUUCAAAUUGUUUAA